GAAACUGAUUUUCAGACGCGUUGCCAUUUUAUUUAGAUGUAUGUUUUAGUUAAAGGGGUAUGUUGUGGGUUGGUGUUGAUAAUACACAUUGCUACCAGUGAGCUCUUAGUUAACCAGAUGUCGCUAACGCUACGUGACACCAACAUUAGCGAUAGGGAAGUGUUUGGGCACGAUGUCACAGAGGAAGAGGCUCUCGGCCUCCCAAAACAAAGCACCAAGUCGCUCACAGGCAGCGGUAGAAUCGGAUGACGAGGAUGAUGUGACUUUCACCCAGCUUACUUCCACUCAAGUUCAACGGGCGCGGGAGAGCUUUACACCGGUCCAGAUUGAUCGCAAGGUAGCAGAGGUUGUCCAGUUUGUUCUCAUAAAGGACCAGAGGAAAGUGCCCAUACGAAGAGCAGACAUCGCAAAGCAUGUCAUCAAAGAAUACAAAGCUAUGUACCAGGAUAUCAUGAAGCGUGUCUGUCGUACUUUCGAGCAGGUGUUCGGACUGAAGCUGGUGGAGAUCGAUUCUAAAAGUCAUGUGUACAUCCUCACCAACAAGCUGGAGUCUCUGCCUGAGGAGCCAGUCAGCAUGGUCCCCACCAGCCCCAAAUAUGGCCUGCUCUUCACCAUCCUCAGCGUCAUCUUCAUGAAGGGCGGAGUCGUCAAGGAAGCUCUCGUGUGGAACUUCAUGAAGAAGCUGCGCGUGGAUCCUGGAGAGAGGCAUGACCUCUUUGGAGAUGUGAAGAAGUUGGUCACAGAUGAGUUUGUACGACAGAAGUAUCUGGAGAUUGCCAGAAUCCCCCACACUGAUCCUGUGGAGUUUGAGUUCCGCUGGGGUGUGCGCGCUGAGAAGGAAGUCUCCAAGAAGAAGCUUCUGGAGAUCGUGGGAGAGCUCUUUGAUCAAGACCCCCACAGCUGGACCCAGCAGUACAGGGAGGCAGCGGCUGCGGAGGCCAGCCAGAGAUAGAUAGAGAGGGGACUGAGGAAGGCCACAGCUGCGGAGGCCAGCCAAAGAUAGAGAUAGAGAGAGAGAGGGGACUGAAGAAGGCCACGGCUGCGGAGGCCAGCCAAAGAUAGAGAUAGAGAGAGAGAGAGAGAGAGAGAGAGAGAGAGAGGACUGUGAGUGCCGGGAAGCCUUCAUUUUUAAUGACAGCUGCACACACUUUUGUGUAUAUCUAUUUUGUACAGAUGUUUAAUCGUUUUGUAAUUUACUUGCUACUGAAAUAAACUGCAUGUGGUUUAUUUUUUUAAAGGAAAGAGUCCUAAUAAGUGUAAAGGAGGCUGUUCAGAGACCCAGAGAUGGUGA